AUGCGAGAGGAAAAUGAAGCCCUCCGAGUGGAGUUGGCUGAGGCGAAGAGUCGAGAAGAAUCAACUGCAGGCCGCCUACAUGAGGCGGAAGGUGAGGCAGCCCGGCUAAGGGAUGAAGUGAGUCAACUAUGGACAGAAGUUUCGAAUGAAAAGAAACAGAAGGAAGACUUGCAGCUGCGCCUGGAUGUGCAAAAAGAAGAACUUGAAAGGGAGUUUGUUGUGGAAAGGGAGGAACUUGCAGCGGAUUACCAGCAACAAGUUGAUGAUACGUUUAUCUUUGGGGGAGGGGUCCCUACAAUAAUAGGGCCCGGAUCAUCGACGCAGGCCAACUUCAUGAUCAGUCUUGGAAGCAAAGCUCGGGUGCCCAUCAUUUCCUUUUCUGCAACAAGUCCCUCUCUUUCUUCGCUUCAGAGUCAAUAUUUUAUCCGAGCUACCCUAAAUGACUCAGCUCAAGUACCAGCAAUAAGGGCAAUAGUCCGGGCCUUUGGGUGGAGAGAAGUUGUGCUUAUUUACGUGGACAAUGUGUAUGGCGAUGGAAUUAUACCUUAUAUGACUGAUGCCUUGCAAGGGAUCGAUGUCCGUGUCACUUACCGUAGUGUAAUUUCUCCAUCAGCCACUGAUGAUCAAAUUGGUGAAGAGCUUUACAAGCUGAUGACAAUGCAAACUAGAGUUUUCAUUGUACACAUGUGUACACCUCUGGGGUCUUACCUUUUUACCAAAGCAGAUGAGAUUGGAAUGAUGGAAGAGGGCUAUGUUUGGAUACUAACUGAUGGGCUAACCGACCUCUUGAGUACUUUGGAUCCCUCAGUCAUUGACUCAAUGCAGGGGGUGUUGGGCGUAAAGCCUCAUGUUCCAAGAACAAAAGAGCUCGAAAAUUUCAGAGUCCGAUGGAAAAGGAAGUUCCGGCUAGAUCAUCCAAAAGAUGAGACCUCUGAGCUGAACAUUUUUGGAUUAUGGGCUUAUGACGCUGCUUCUGCACUAGCCAUGGCUGUUGAGAAAGUUGGGGCAACAAACUUCAGCUUCCAAAAGACUAAUAUUUCCAGCAAUUCGAUGCUUCUUGACACCAUUAGAGUCUCUCAAAUUGGUACAAAUCUUCUCCAGUCACUGUUAAGUACCAAAUUGAAAGGUCUCAGUGGAUAUUUUCAAAUAUUUGAUGGGCAACUUCACUCGACAGCCUUUGAGAUAGUUAAUGUGAUUGGGAAAGGGGAAAGAGGGGUAGGAUUUUCAACUAAGCAACAUUUCUUUUCUUCACUAGGAAGACUUUUCUUUGUUAACCACACGAUGGUUCAAAGACGCAAAAGUCUCCAUGAAUUAAAUUUCCCCCUUGGUUUAAAAGUGACGCGUAUGACCUAUGGCACUAAGAAAAGCGUCAUUCAUCCAUUAGCCACUGAUGAUCAAAUCCUCGAAGAGCUUUACAAGUUGAUGACGAUGCCAACCAGAGUUUUCAUUGUACACAUGCUUACACCUCUAGGCUCACGGCUUUUCACCAGAGCGAAUGAGAUUGGAAUGAUGAAAGAAGGUUAUGUUUGGAUUCUAACUGAUGGGUUAACUGAUAUCUUGAGUACUUUGGAUCCAUCUGUCAUUGAUUCAAUGCAAGGAGUGUUGGGCGUGAAGCCUCAUGUUCCAAGAUCGAAAGAGCUUGAAAAGGAGAGAGUUGUCAGCAACUUGGCUCGGUUUGUGGUGAUCAUAUGGCUUUUUGUGGUGCUGAUUCUUACUCAAAGUUACACAGCCAGCUUGACUUCAAUGUUGAGAGUUCAACAGCUCAACCCAACCAUCACCGAUAUAAAUGAGCUGAUAAAGAAAGGGGAGCGUGUAGGUUGCCAACAUGCCUCUUUCGUUCAUGAAUUCUUGAUCAAAUGGAUGAAAUUUGAUGAGUCCAAGCUUGUAAUCUAUGAGUCACCAGAAGAACUGGAUGAAUUAUUUUCAAAAGGUGGAAUUGCUGCUGCAUUUGAUGAAAUCCCUUACAUGAAGACUUUCCUCCCAAAAUAUUGCUCCAAAUACACUGCAGUGGGACCAAGAUACAAGUUUGAUGGGUUUAGAUUUGUGUUUCCAAAGGGUUCACCCCUUGUAGCUGAUGUUUCAAGGAAAGUCUUAAACGUGACCGAGGGAGCCAAAAUGCUACAAUUUGAGAAGGCGUGGUUUGGGCAAACACCCAGUUGUCCAGAGCUCACCAGCUCAGUUUCUUCAGACAGCAUCGGGCUUAAUAGAUUUUGGGGCCUAUUCCUCAUUGCUGGAGUCGCUUCAUUUGUAGCUCUCAUCACAUGCAUCAUCACAUUCCUUUAUGAAAAUAGAGACGCAUUAAUAAACUUGAAUCCCUCAUCUUCCAUAUGGAGAAAAUUUAAAGCCAUGGUGACACGCUUUGACCACAAAGAUCUUAGGUCCCAUACUUUUAGAAAAAGUGAUCAACUUCAAGACAAGAGGCAUCAAAUCCAUGGAUGCAGCUACACCAACUUCCCUCCAAGUCCAUCGAGCCUUUUGAUCCCAACCGCCAACAAUUUUGCUUUCUUCGGAGAACAAGGAACACCUUCUUCUGGACAUGCUGAUCCAGUCGGUCCAAAUCGGCGGAUGUCUCCACAUAUAUUGUUUGAAUAUGAGCUUGCUAAUAUAAAUCACGAGCAAACGAAGACCGCAUGUAAUUGAAUAACCGAUAGAUCAAUUCGGUUUCCUGUGGUCCUUAUGCCGGUGGCACAAUUACCCACAACCAUGAAUUAAAAAAAAAAAAAAAAUGUUGUUGUGUUAUAGCCAUACGCAUUUCAGUUAAAUGAUUGUUCAAUGCCAACUAUUUGCUAUGAACAAUAAAUUCUGUCAAAUUUACGAAUUUAUUGUUGCCUAACGCAACAGGUCAACUUCUUGUGCUUUACAGGCAAAAAAAAAAAAAAAAAUCAAUAUUUGUGGUUGACAUUGCUUCCCCACACACAACAUCUUGAUCAAUGGAGGGAAUGUAAAGACAUAUAUUCAUUUUCAAGGUUAUUCUUUAGUGCA